AUGGUGCAUGAACGGGAUAACCUCGUCGUCGGUCGCGAUGACCUGAUCGCCGACGGAGAGGGUGAUCGUAGCUCAAUCGAAGCCAAGGAUGAUGCUGCUUUGCUGCGAACGAUGGGCUACAAGCCGGUGUUGCACCGGACGUACACGUUCUUCGAGAACUUUGCCACCACUUUUGCCGCGCUUUACUUCGUCGGCGGAGUGCGCGUUACUUUUAGUACUGGUAUUGCCGCCGGUGGAAACUUGGCCUACUGGACUAGUUACCUGGUUACUAUGGUCUUUACUUUCAUUACUGCUGCCGUCAUUGCUGAAGUGUGCUCGGCGUCGCCGUCUGCUGGUUCUAUCUAUCUCUGGGCUGCCGAGGCCGGUGGUCCCCGUUUUGGACGACUGCUUGGUUUCGUCGUGGCUUGGUGGAGUACUACGGCCUGGACAACUUUCUGCGCGAGCAACACUCAAGCGGCUGCCAACUACAUGCUUGCUGAGCUCACCGUCUUCAAUGUCGAUUUCCCCCAAGACACUGACAGUGUCAAGUUCCGUGCCGUUCAGUGGAUCUGCACAGAGAUUAUGCUUGCUCUUGCAGCUCUGUUGAACUUCCUGCCUCCCCGCUACUUCAAGUAUGUCUUCUGGGUCUCUGCCGGAUUCGUCAUGCUCGAUUUCUUCCUGAACCUCAUCUGGCUUCCCAUCGGUACCGCUCAUACCUGGGGAUUCCGCUCAACUCACGAGGCAUUCAUGACUACUUACAACGGCACCGGCGCCCCCGCUGGCUGGAACUGGUGUCUUUCUUACUUGGCUACUGCCGGUAUCCUGAUUGGUUUCGAUGCUUCCGGUCAUGUCGCUGAGGAGACUAAGAAUGCUUCUAUCACUGCUGCCCGUGGUAUCUUCUGGAGUACCGUUGCUAGUGGUUUCGGUGGUUUGGCCACCAUUAUCCUCUUCUUGUUCUGUGCUCCCACCGCGGAUCAAUUGAUGGAGUUUGGCUCCCCUCAGCCCUUCGUUCCCCUCUAUGCCGUCGUUCUCGGCAAGGGUGGUCACAUCUUUAUGAACAUCAUUUGCAUCGUUGCUUUGUGGCUGAACACCGCCAUCGCCAUCAUCGCCGCAUCCCGCCUCGUCUUCGCCGUCGCCCGUGACGGCGUCCUCCCCUUCUCAGGCUGGGUAUCCAAGGUCCACGGUGGCCAACCCCGUAACGCCGUCAUCGUCGUUUGGGGCGUCGCCGCCCUGGUGACCUGCACCAUCCUCCCCUCCAACGUGGCCUUCACCUCCCUCGUCUCGGCGGCCGGUGUACCCAGCGCCGCUGCGUACGGUCUAAUCUGUCUGGGCCGUCUGUUCUGCACGCCGAACCGCUUCCCCAAGCCGCAGUGGAGUCUGGGACGGUGGAGCAAGCCGUUCCAGUUCAUCGGUGUGUUCUGGAAUGGAUGGGUUGUUGCUAUUUUGUUCUCGCCGUAUGAGUGGCCUGUGACCGGGCAGACUUUGAAUUACGCCCCUAUCAUUAUGGCUGGUGUUACUAUCCUAGCUCUGGUUUCGUACUUUGUUAUGCCCGAGAGCGCGUGGCUUCCGCGCAACCGUAUCACCCAUUUCAUUGAUAGCAAGGGUGCUACUAACGUUACUGAGACUGUGGAGGAAGUUACUCCUUCAGCUCAGGAAGAUAUGGCUCAGAGAUCUUGA